GGAACCCGGGGAGACAAGGGAGAGCCCGGAAACCCCGGAUUGCCAGGCUUUAGUGGCCCUAAAGGCCCCUCGGGUCCAUCUGGUCCAGUCGGCCCAGAGGGAAAACAGGGUAUGCCAGGCAGAGUUGGUGAUCGUGGUACCAAGGGAGAAAAGGGAGACGGUGGUACGAAGGGAGAUAAAGGACAUUCAGGAGAGUCAGGUAUGCCCGGAAACCCCGGAUCCCCCGGCAGGAAGGGCCACACGGGGAUGAUGGGCAUGUCGGGGCCCCCGGGAGAAUUGGGCGCUCCUGGGUCACAGGGACCUUCAGGAAACCCAGGGAUCCCCGGACAGAGGGGAGAGUCGGUGUCACUGGAGCAGAUGAGACGCCUCAUCCAGGAGGAGCUGUCCAAACAGUUGGAUGCCAAAAUGGCCUACCUGAUGGCUCAGUUGCAGCCGGCCCAUGUGAAGAGUACUGCUGGCCGCCCAGGACCCCCUGGUCCUUCAGGAAAAGAAGGAUCUUCUGGACGCCCGGGACCCCCUGGAGAGUCUGGUAUGCCUGGACAGAACGGAGGAGAAGGACCCAGGGGACCCUUGGGACCUAAAGGUAGGACACAGACUAAAACAGCACUUUAUUUCAUGCUCUGUGAUUAUUUGUCUUGU